AUGAUGAAUAAUUUAUAUGAUGAAGAUUAUAGAGAAAUGCUGAAAUAUUUCCGGUCUGGUGAUUUGAGAGCAUUAUUGGAAGCUUUCGGAAAAAAUAAUCUAGGACAAAGAACUGAAUUACGAGAACGGGCAAUUGAAUUGUUAAAUUCUAGACCAAAAGAUCUUAACUAUGUAGCAUAUCUAUCAAAAAUAUAUGAUAUAUACCAUCUCUUGCCAUGUCAUCCAUCUGUUUUUCCUAAUGAUAAUACAAUGCUCAGUGCCAUGCAAACUCAACAAAGUCAGAUGAUGUCUAUAAGUCAGAUCCCACAACAAAGAAUGUAUCGACCGCCACAAUAUCAACAAUCAAUGUAUACGCCCCAAUAUCAACAAUCAAUGUAUACGCCACAAUAUCAACAAUCAAUGUAUACGCCCCAAGCUAGAUUGCCACAUCUUAUGACCAAAAUGGAGGGAGGCAUAUAUGGAAACGCCACUGGUGCAAAUACUAUUCCUGAAAACACUAUGGCUAACAAUCAAAUUGAGUAUGUGUCUGUCAGUUAUCAGCCAGUGAGAUCUCGAAUUAUUGUACCAUCCCCUCUUCCGUCCCAAAUGCCCUCAUAUCAACAAAACAUGUAUACAAUGUUACAAAAUACGUUGAGGUCUGUUUUGAAUGCGGCGGCUCUAAGAAACAAUAAUGCUCUUAUCCCAUCUCCUCAAAUUGUAGCCAAUUACAAGUUUAAAAAUCUACCAUUUUAUGAUGUUAUUGAUGAUAUCAUUAAGCCAACUCUUCUAGAUGGUUCAGAAAUAUGUACAUUAUCAAACUUUGCUAAAGGUAUGAGAGAAUGUACAUUUGAACAUACUAUGUCAGUCGAACAAGCAACGCUUAUUUCAAUGAACCGGGACAUUUCCCCUGGUAAACCUGAAUAUUAUGGUAUUCAGUACCAAAUAAGGAUUUGUCAGUUGGAAAAUGGCGUGUAUGAUGAGGUAUCUGAUUGUUUGCCCAUUGGACUUCAUAUUCGAGUUUGUAAUAAUUAUUGUACAUUGCCACCUAUUGUUACUCGUGAUCGUGAACUAUCAGAAAUGAAGUCUAGACGAGCUUCUAGACCUAUCAAUAUUGCUCAGUUUAUGAAACUUUGUCCAUUUACUAAAAAUGUUAUCACUGUAAAUUGGCUUCCCGAUGGGAAAAAUUACGCCUUAGCUAUAUUUAUUGUAAAACAAUUAAGUGCCGAUACAUUGAUGAAAAAACUCCAUGAUAAAACACCAAGGAGUUCAGAAGAAACAAAAAAUUAUAUUAUUAAAAAGUUGACAAAUGUUGAUCCAGAGUUGACCACUACAUCAUCUUAUAAUUUUUCCUUGGUCUGUCCAUUGAGUAAAGUUAGAAUGAAAAUACCUGCAAAAUCUAUCCAUUGUGAUCAUAUUCAGUGUUUUGAUGCAGGUACAUUUAUUUUAAUGAACGAGAAAAAGCCACAAUGGAUGUGCCCAACGUGUAAUAAAUCUUGUUUGUACAAUGACAUACAAAUAGAUAAUUAUUUUUUGGAGAUUAUAACAAGUCCUACACUUAGCGACGACAUCAAUGUAAUUGAAGUUUUAGCAGAUGGUUCAUGGAUUAUACCUGAAGAAAAUAAAGAUACCAAAAAUAUGAAUAGUACUAUUGAUAAUAAAGUAAAACCGAUUGAUUUUAUCGAUUUAGAUGACAUUGACGAUGAAGAAUUCAUUGAGUCGGAAGAAGAACCUAGGCCAGGAGGUUCAGAAUGCCAGAAAUCUAAAAAUUUGAAACCACAUCUUGUUGAUAUGACAAUGGAUGAGGAUGAAGAACCAUCAAAGCAAAAAGAUAAACUGUAA